AUGCUGUUGGCUAUUGGCUUGAAAAUGGGUGGAUGGGGUGGAUCGGCUGCGAUCUUCAUACUCUAUUACUUCUUCGGAGCGCUGUCUAUCUCCAUUCUGAUUCUUAUGGAAGGACUUUCCGCAUUUCUACACGCUCUUCGUCUACACUGGGUCGAAUUCAAUUCUAAAUUCUACGGUGGUACCGGUGUGGCGUUCGAACCAUUCUAUUUCACACGACUUAUUCGUCUUGCUGAAGGCCUGGAGCAAUAG